ACAUGGCUGCUGUGUGAUGAAGCUGGAGCAGCGGACUGGACUUAGAAGAGAGACGCAAACUAAAGUAUUGAUCCUGUCACGUUAGUGUCGAUCCGAUACCAAUACCUUAAUAGGUAACGCUUCUAUCGCUGUUUGGAUCGAUCCGCUCAGCCCCAGCUGAAGCAGCAAUGUGUUCAGUUCUGUAUCUGAGAGAGUUCAUUAAGGAGAGACUAACUGCUGUUUGCGAAGAAAUCUUCUUAGAGGUUCAAAAAAACAUCGUCCAUUAUGAGGAGGAGAUCAGCCGUCAGCGCAAACUGCUGGAUAUCAGCAGCCGGAAACCCGACACGAACUCACACAUCACAGAUCUCCCACACCAACAUGUCUGUAAGGAAGAGGAGGUUCUGGAUAAACAGCAGGUUUGUAAACAGGAGCGGAACUCCAGUCUGGACCAGGAGAACCCAGAGCCUCCACAAAUUAAAGAGGAACAGGAGGAAGUCUGCAGCAGUCAGGAGGGAGAGCAGCUUGGAGUGAAGCAGGAAGCUGACUGGACUGAUGAAGAACGGUUCAGACUGCUGGAGACUAUCUGGAAACCUGAGAUAAUGUUACACAGAAUAGACCUCCAGCAGCAACAUGUCUGUGAGGAAGAGGUAAUUUUCCCUGACCAGCAGGUCUGUAACCAGAAGAGGAACUCCAGUCUGGACCGAGAGGACCCAGAGCCUCCACAGAUUAAAGAGGAACAGGAAGAACUCUGCAGCAGUCAGGAAGAAGAGCAGCUUGGACUGAAGCAGGAGACUGAUACCUUUAUAGUGACUUAUGAGCAAAGUGACCACAAUGAAGCAGAACCAAACAGUGAGCAGCUCCUUUCUCACAGCUCUCCUGAAGCAGAGAGCCGAGAUGAGGAAGAAAUCCAGCAUGUGAACUCAGGAUCAGCUAGAAGUGGAGAGCUGAAGAAGAGGAGACGUCCUGUGUCAGAAAGUCAAACUGACACAGUGAAAAAGUCUAUACAAUGUGACACCUGUGGAAAAACUUUUUACAAAAAUUCCCACCUGACUACACAUUUGAGAGUUCACACAGGUGAGAAACCAUAUAGUUGUGGCACGUGUGGGAAAGGAUUUACUGUCUUGUCAGCUUUGAAAACUCACCUGAGGACUCACACAGGUGAGAAACCAUAUCCUUGUCGCAAUUGCGGGAAGACAUUUAGUCAGAAGAUAAACCUGAAAAUCCAUAUGAGAAUUCACACAGGUGAGAAACCAUAUUCCUGUAACACCUGUGGGAAAAAAUUCAGUUGGAAAUCAGGAUUCAGAGCUCAUCUAAGAAUUCAUACAGGUGAGCAGCCUUAUACUUGUAACACAUGUGGGAAGAAAUUUACUCACUUAUCAACAUUCAAAAAACACACAAGAAGUCACAUGAAGGCACACAUGAGAAUACAUACUAGUUAAAGGUUUCAUGCUUAGAAAAUGUGGGGCAGCUGUAAGUCAUAGUAGUGAUUUGGUGGUAGAGCUCAUACUGUGCAGAAGUCAUAUCACUGCAACACCUGAGUGAAAAGAGGACUGUAUUUUCUGUGCAGAGCAGUAAAUAUCUCUCAGCAUUGUUCAACAUGAGUCGAAAGUGUGGACUUCAAUCUACAUGCCAGUUUUUAAAUUGUGUGGGUACGCCCAGUAAAACCAGAGUUAUAAUCAAAAAUUCUUGCUUUUUUCUGUAUGUGGUCCUCAAGUUUUGUGCAGAAAAAAUUGGCAAAAAUAGGAUAUUCACUAGUAUAAAAUACUGGCAAGUAAAAAAAACAACAAAAAAACAAAACAAACAAAAGAAAUCACCACAUCCCCUUUCCUAAUGGCUGACAGUGCACCACCUCAACCAAUCAUAAAAUUAUAUGGCAACAGGUGGCAUUUGACUGCUGAGGAACAGGUGAAAGGGUGGUGAAAGACAGAUAGCAAGUUUUACCUGUGAUAUGCCCCUCUGUCUUGUGGAGAACAGGAACUGUUUUUUUGGAGUGGCACAAAUAAUUUGUGUGGCAUCUUGUUGCGACACAUCAUUCUUCUGUAAAUAGUUAUACAAAAAACACCUGACAUGUUACCUGCAUUUUAAUGUCAAUAGUUGUAUAUAACUUUGUUGUUUGUUAAAUUUGUACAUACAUUUUUAAAAUUCACAACUGUAUUUUAGGUUGUUUAAAAUAUUUUUAUUAGAAGCACAGCACAAAAGUAUAAGACUUAUGCUUUGUUUUGUUUUGUUUAACAAUGUUCCUAGGGCACAUUUAGGUUGUAAAAAUAGUUUGUUUAACAUGUUUGACUGAUUGUCUUUAUUUCGGACAUAUAAAACAACAAACCAAUAUACAUAUAUUGGCAUAUAUAUAUACACACAGACAUGCCUAUGUAUACGCAUACGCAUACACACAUACAGAUACACAUACAGAAACGUGCACAGACAAAAUCAAACAAAAUCCCCAUGCCCGAAAUGGAGUAGGUACAUAUUAAUUCCAUACCCCAUGCUCAACACAGCUUUAAUAUACAAAGUUCACCUUCACCCUCAUAUCCCUUCAGCACGUGUAUACACUAACCCCACAAAAAUAAAUGAGAGCAAAAUACACUGCUCAAAAAAAUAAAGGGAACACUUAAACAACACAAUAUAACUCCAAGUGAAUCAAACUUCUCUGAAAUCAAACUGUCCACUUAGGAAG